ACGACGGGGCUAUAUAACACCACGGGCUAGGAAAGGUCAUGAUCGUCACCUAACAGUGCAGUUUGUUUGGUCUGUACGAGGGUUGCACUUCCGUCCGCCUCGUGGUCAAUGUCGUCGAGAGAUACGAUAAACAGAUAAGUCGUGGAGAUCCCUUGUUCUUUUCUUCUAAUUCUUCUUCAACCUCGUCGUGAAGGUGAACUUCCCUUACAGCAGAAGUCAAUACCCAAAGGUCCUUUGCACAACAACUUCAAGUCCACGUCAAAAUGGCAGACCAAAUCAGCGAUGAGAAAAUCGCUCGUCCGAGUCACAGCCCUGAUGCUUUUCACGAGAGUCAUGCUCCAGAGGAGAUGACUGUGGCCGAAUAUGCAACAACACGAUUCAGCACCCUCAAGCCUCCAAUGCACAAGGCACCUAAUCCGUUCAGGCUACUUGCUAUGCUGAACACCAAACAAUGGAUGUUUUUCUUAGUAGCUUUCCUUGCUUGGACUUGGGAUGCCUUCGAUUUCUUCACCGUCAGUUUGACAGUUCAUGAUCUUGGGAAGACAUUCGACAAAACAAAUACACAAAUCACAUGGGGAAUCACGUUGGUCUUGAUGUUCAGGUCCGUCGGCUCCAUCAUAUUCGGUCUCGCAGCCGAUCGAUACGGGCGAAAGUGGCCUUUCGUCGUAAACAAUAUACUCUUCAUCAUUCUCGAACUAGGUACCGGGUUUUGCCAAACAUAUCCACAAUUCCUUGCCUGCAGAGCCCUGUUUGGAGUCGCAAUGGGUGGUCUUUAUGGAAAUGCCGCUGCUACAGCACUUGAAGAUUGUCCUGAGGAGGCUCGUGGUCUGAUUUCCGGUAUGCUGCAGCAGGGCUACGCUUUUGGGUAUCUUCUCGCUACUGCGUUUGCGAGAGCUCUUGUCAACACCACUUCCCAUGGAUGGCGACCACUCUUUUGGUUUGGUGCUUGCCCCCCAGUUUUGUUUAUUGCUUUUCGGUUGUGCCUUCCCGAGACCGAUGCGUACAAGGAGCGAGUGAUGGUCCGAAACGAGCGUGGAAAUAUCGGAAAGACCUUCAUCGCUGAAGGUAAAGUCGCUUUGAAGCGCCAUUGGCUCCUCCUCAUCUAUUUGGUACUUCUCAUGGCUGGCUUCAACUUUAUGUCUCAUGGAUCUCAGGAUCUGUACCCCACCAUGCUUCAAAACCAGUUCAAUUUUAGUCCCAACGCAGUUACCGUAACCCAAGUUGUUGCCAACCUCGGAGCCAUGACGGGAGGUACAGUAAUCGGAUACUGCUCUCAGAUAUUUGGGCGUCGCUUCUCCAUUAUCAUCAUCAGCAUCAUCGGUGGUGCUCUGCUUUAUCCAUAUACUUUCACUAGCAGCAAAGCUGUGAUUGCUGCAGCAUUCUUUGAGCAGUUCUGCGUUCAGGGAGCAUGGGGUGUGAUUCCCAUCCAUCUCAUGGAACUGUCCCCAGGUUCCUUCCGUACUUUCGUAGUCGGCACGGCUUACCAGCUUGGCAAUCUUGUUUCAUCUGCAUCUUCCACCAUCGAGUCAACAAUCGGAUCUCAGUUCCCGCUUCCUCCCAAGGCAGACGGCACCAAGAGAUACCAAUAUGGCAAAGUAAUGUGUAUAUUUAUGGGAUGUGUUUACGCGUAUGUCAUCAUUUUGACGUUCGUUGGACCGGAGUACCUGAAGCGAAGCUUUGAGGUUAGGGAGGAUUCCGAUAUUGCAGAAGCUGCGGGACAUGACACAAUCGAUGCAGCUUUGAGACGGAGACAAGAGGCGAUGGGUGUUGAUAGCAGCGACACUGAGAAGGGAGCCGCCAGGAUGAGAGAGAACUUGUAGGGUGACGGGAUUUGAUCAUGACAGUCGAGGACCCUACGACGGAAAAUCCAGAGGGGAGCAGCGAGACAGAUUGGCACACGCACAUAUAGCUUUCUGGCAUGGAAUUGAUGCUGUAUAUAUGAAAUAGAAUUUCGUUUCAAAAAUGACAUGUUCCGUUGUGAACUUGUAUCUAUGUCACCAGGGAACUUGGACAGACGUCCUGGGCUGCUCGUAAUAGUCUAGCGAAUGGCUUGCUGAAGAGUUCCAGUCUCUGAGGAUCUCCGGAGACAACCAGUAUCAUGGAUAAGUGCCAAAGGG